AUGCCUCAUUGUCUUAUACUUGGUAUUAAUAUUCCAUCAUUAUGGCGUGCAUCAACAAGUGCCUUAAUAAAAAAAAUCAAUGAUCUAUGUUUUUCAUUACCAACACAACGAUUAAUAUCAAAUGAAAUAAAUUUAAAUGAUGAUGAAUCAACACCAGAUAUAAUUUAUAUAAAAAGUCUUUUAUCAUGUUAUAAUAAUCAACCAUAUUUAAUUGCAUUAAUAGAUUCCAUAUCAAUUUAUUUUGAUACAAUACAAAAUAAUGUUGAAUUAACAUGUCAAUUUUCAUCAGGUGAUAUACGUGAUUUAUUACGUUUUAUAAUAUUUAUAUCGGAAAUAAUUUAUUUAAAUAUAUUUCAAAAAAAAUCUUUUCUUACUUGGAAUUUAAUUGAAAGUUUUUUUCGUUGUUUAACAAAAACAAUACAUAAUCCAACAUCAAUUAUAUAUCAAUUAUUAAGUGCAACAGAUCAAAUAAUAUCAUGUUGUACAUUAUCAAAAACUAUUCUAUCUAUAUUUGAAUAUCUUUAUCAACGACAUGGUAUAAUUAUAUCAAAUAAACAAACAAAUCAAUUAUUACCAUCAUAUUUAAAUUUAAUUGAACCAGAUAAUCGACCAUUGACACAAUUAUUAUUAUUAUCAUUUAAUGAUCUUGAUCGUCUUUAUUAUUUAACAAAAAAAAUUAAAUCUAUACCAUAUUUUUAUCGACAUGAUUUACGUCGUAUAGCUAUAUUAUUAUUUCGUUUACCAAUAUUUAAUUCAUUUAUACGUAUACCAAGACAAUUUUGGGAACAACAUUAUCAAGAUAUAAAUAAAUUACAAUUUGGUAUAAAUGAUUAUUGUUUAUCAUCAUUUCCUGUUGAUUUAUUACAACGUUCAGAUAUAAUGGCUGAUUAUAUUGAACGUAUAUCGUUUGUUGGUUGGUUAUCAAGAACACAAUUUCAAGAGAUAUGGGUUUCAUUUUUAGCUUCAAUUAAUCCACCAAAUCAAAAUAAUGAUACCAAUGAACAAACAACAAAUAAUUUAAAAAAAGAAGAGAUUUUAGAAACUAAUGCAACACAAUGUGUAUGGAUACGUGGUGUAACAACAUUUUUAUUAAAUGCUCUUCGAUUGAAUUGUACAGGAAAUCCAGCUGAUAUGACAUUUGAACAUCGAUGUCGAAAUAAAUCUAUUCCAUUUUUAUUAACUGAUAUCGGUAGUCAAUAUAUGCAAACACGUUCAACAUUAGAAACAAGUUCAAGUCAUUUAUUUAUAAAUCUUGAACGAUUAGGUACACAUGAUUUAUUAUCCUAUGGACAACUUUCAUAUGAUACUAUAUUAACAUCAAUUCAAAGUAAUAAUACAUUACCAUUGCCAGUAAAUGUAAGUUAA